AUGGCGGCAUCUUUCGCCGACAGGCCACUGCUGCCUCCGGGCGAUGCAGACGGCUCUAACGACCCUUUUGUGUCGCCUUCCGCACCGGCGCACCACCGAUACUCCAACUUCGACAGCCAAUUGUUUGCUCUUGGUCCUGCAUCUUCCCCCGGCCAGGCGAAACGUGCGCUUGAGGCUCACCUCGCCGAAACUGAACGUCGGAUGGAAGAAGCUGGCAAGCUAGGAACCGCGCUUGUCCAGCAGCGAAAAGAGCUGGCUCAGCGACUGAAGGAGGUCGAAAAGCUACAGGCUGAAGGAGAUCUGACUGAUGAGCUGCGCACGAAGCUUGCCGAGAUUGAAAAGGAAUACAACGAUGUAGCACGGGAAACCGCGCGGGCUUUCCUGCCGAAGCAGAGAGUGCCCAGUAACGAGGCCGCUGGAGGUUCACCAUAUGUACCGGAAGGUCGCGGCGGAAGAGUGAGUCAAGCAGACGGAACACCGGGACUGACAUGCACUAACAUGAUGAUCUCGCAGCGUUCCGUCAGUCCAUCGAAAUUCGAGAGCCAAGCCACAGGAUCACCGACAAAGCUCAGCGUCCCGAACCGAAAGAUAAGGAACCAACCCUCGAACCGGGUGCACGAUAUCGAAUUCGCAGCAGAGAUCAGCACCUCUCUGCUCGCCCAGGUCCGCAACCUGCAGGCGCUUCUCGCCGAGAAGGAUGAGGAGCUCCGGGAUACGAAGGCCGAGAAGUCUAGGCUCGAGAUCGAGACGGAAGGGUUCCAGCAACGGGUCAAGACCCUCGAUGAAAGCGAGCAUCGUUAUAAGGACGAAAACUGGAACCUGGAGACGCAGAUCCACGAGCUGAUGGCCUCCCAGAAAGAGGGCACAGAUCGCGAGAAGAAGAUGACCCAGGCUCUGAACAUCCUCCAGGCCGAAAAGAACCAGGCCCAGAAGGAACUCGACGAAGUGAAGCUCUCCCACGCGAAGUUGGCCGAGGAGCACGAAGCCUCCAUCAAGCAUCACGAUAUAGAGCUCGGCACGGCCAAACGCAGCGCCGCCCUCGCAGAAACCGAACGCACAACUCUGCAACGCAAGAUCGAUGACUUGAUGGGCCAGAACCAGGAACUUGCCAAGGCCUUCUCGUCUCAACGCGGACGAGGCCUCGAGCGAGACCAUCAUAUGGGUAUGAGCGACGAAGACUUCGAGACCGCGAACGAUAACGUCACACCGGAACACUCACCCCCUCCCUCGCCCAUCAAGGGCACUCCACGCCACUCUGUUCUCGAAUCCGAAACCCUCAAGACGUCCCUUCUUCAUGCUCAGCGAACCAUCCAAAGCCAGCGAUCGCAGCUGCACCGCGAGAAGACUGAGAAGCUCGAGCUCAAGAGGCUCCUCCAGGACAGUCGCGAUGAGCUCGAAAGGUCUCGCCACGAUUCUGGUGGUCUCACGAACCGUCGCAGUCGCAAAGUCGAUUCUAAAGAGUUCAAGAAGCCCGCUAAGACUCUGCUGGGAGGUCUUCGUUCAAGUCGCAGCGAAAUUGUCGACGACCCUGAAUGGGAAGAGCACUCCGAGGGCGUCAGUCCCAGACGCUCUUCCACCCACUCCACUCCCACGUCGCGCAUGCCUGGGCCCGGCGCCUAUCCUAUGACCACCGACACGAGCGACCAGUUUGACACUGCCAACGAGACCAGCGAUGCCGCUUUCGAGACAGCCAACGAACGUGGCACGGAGACUGAAGGCUUCCACACCGGCGCAGAAGAGUUCUCUGACGACGACGACGCCCAGACCGAGACGGAAAGCCCUUCAAGGUCCCGCAGGCCGCCAGCCUUGACGCUUGCUGGAAACCGAAACUCUUUCCACAGCACGGCGUCGACAUCGGCCGACGAAGAUAUGGAUUACAGCGACCUGAGAACGCCGGUAGCGCACUCUUCACAACAGAAAAUGCGCCUCAAGGUCAGCCGCGGAUUCCUCAACCGACGCUCGCGACAGGCGAGCGAGGAGCCCACCUUCCAGAGCAGCCCGGCCAGUUUUGCAACCAGCAGUGCCAAUGGAACGCCCCAGCAAGCCGGUCAGAGUUUGUUCGCCGAGCUGGCAGAGCUCGAAGGCAGCGACGCCGAGUCCCUCGAUGCAACGCCCAGUCGCAGAGCUAGGUCUAUCACCCCUGCAUCUGUGGCUAAGAGUUCGAGCACUACGCCCUCUGUGCUCGCUUUACCUCAACUUGCGAUGGUCGACAGUGGCAUCAUGACCGACCCUGUGAAGAAGUCCCGCGAGCCAUCGCCCGACCUGACGAGAACGAGACCUGUCAUGGUCGACUGCGGCGUCAUGACCGAACCUAUGGAACCCCUGACCCCGCGAUCCCCAGCCAGUGUCGUUGCUCUCGACAGGCCCACGUCUGUAUCUUCUACGCUCGACGCCGGUACCAACUCAGGUCAGAGUGACACCACUGCCUCGAGUCUACCAGAUUUCCCCCGCUCUAGGCCACCAUCAACAUGGUCGUACAGCGAUGCUGGUGCACAACACGAUCCUGGUAUGGACAGAGAGCUGUCUCAGUUCCCUCUCCCACCCACAAUGCAACAUGGCUUUGCUCUGCCCUCAGCCCCAAGCCUGAGCUUCUCAGCCAUUGACAAUCAAGACAUCGUGCCAGUCCCCGAACCCGUGGUACUCCCUCCCGCGCCUGCGGCGCUAACGCUCACCGCGUUGGACUCCACUGCCAUUGAGCCGAAAGCCGAGCCUGAGCCCGUUCCUGAACCGGCACCGGCCUUGCGACUGUCGCCGAUUCUCUCGGAGACGGUCGAGCCGAAGGUGGAGCCUGAGGUGGCUGUCCCGGUACCUAUUUUAAAGUACUCACCACUGAUGUCGUCGACCGUGGAGCCCAGGGCCGAACCUGAGGUUAUCCUACCCGCUCCUGUGCUUGGUCUUUCUUCACACUGGUCCGAAGCUGUUGAGCCACGGUCAGAACCUGCGAUGGUACCCCCGCCUCCUCCGCCGGCUCCUGAGCUCGCGUUUUCUGCCUUGGUCUCUGAGAUUGUUGAGCCCAGAGCAGAGCCUGAAAUGCCCCUCCCUCCCCCGCCCCCUAUGCCGCAGCUCGUUUUCUCUUACUUCGUUUCCGAAGCCAUCGAGCCGAAGGUCGAGCCCGAACCGCCUGUUCCAGUUGCUCCUGUUUUGAGCAUGUCUCCUCUCUCCAUACACGAUAUUGAGCCGCUUGCCGAGCCGGAGAUCGAGCCCAUUCUUCCCCUGCUUGCCCUUUCAGGCAUCGUGUCCGAACAUGUCGAACCUCAAGCUGAGCCGGAGGAGCCCGCCGUUGCCCUCCCGGCCAUGUCCUUGUCUGCUCUGCACUCCGAGCAUGUUGAGCCACGAGCAGAGCCAGAACCUGUUCAAGUUCCUUUGCGCCUCUCAGGUAUUGAAUCAUGGGAGGUCGUACCCAGACCUGGCUCUCGUCCCGUCCCGCCAUCCUUGACGCUAUCUUCAGUCGUUUCAGAGGAGGUUGAGCCUAUCACUCCUUCUCACCCAGACACGCUGUCGCCCCGCUUUGCCUUCUCGACCAUCGACUCUGUCGAGACGCGCCCGUUGACCCCUCGCACCCCUAAGCGGGAUGGCUUUAUUCUCCCCCGAGGAAUGGAGUCUCCCUUUGUCAACGCCGAUCAACUGAGAACUCCCGAUGACGCACUGUUUAGCGGAAUUGCAGGCCGAGGGCAGAGCGGCAGCGACGCGGGACCUGUGAUCGCCGAAGACGAGACUCGCCAGUCUCCAAGCGAGUCUCGCCACCCCGACACGCCCGAGUCCCAGAAGCCUUUCAAGGAAAUCUCUUCCAAUGUCGAGUCUCGGCCUGCUCGUAAGCCUGCAGUGUCCAUGUCGGAUCAAUCAGCCCAGACUUCUUUGACUGCAGAUGCCAUCGAUGAUAUGUUCAAUGCCAGGUCGAAGAGUCACAACAAGUCCCUCUCGAUGGGCAGCAGCUUUGGCACACCCGGCACCGUUCGUAUUCGACGCUACUCACAGGACCAAGCCAGCUUGAGCAGUGUCCGGCGCAUGUCUAUUGAGUCACAACACGAUACCACGGCGGCGCCUCAGAGACCUGGCAGCGCAAGCAGCCGUCGCAACUCAAACGUGCAACCCAUGCCGCCGCUGCCGCAAAACCAUAUGGAGGUCAUCGAAGCUGCUAGGAGCGGAUCUGCGCACGGAACUCCUGGGACCGCCUCCGUCAUGGGCCCACCUCUGUGGCCGGCCUCGGCCAUGCGCGGUCAGCGACCUCAGACCCCGAGCAGUGUCCGGCCACAAUCCCCCGUGUCCGUCAAGGGCACCCCGACACCAAAGGCCAUUAGGACGGGUACCGCGGCACACGGGACCGCGAUCAUCCACUCACCGACCAAGGCCUCGGCUCGCAGUCGCCGCUCGUCCGUGUCUUCGUUUGCGUCCGAGAUCGAUACGCGCUUUAACAUCAGGGCGAACGGUCUGGGCGUGGACGCGACAGGCUUCGGCCCCAACACGGAUCCUCGCAUGAUCCAGGCCAUCACGCAGACGAUGAUUGGCGAGUAUCUCUGGAAGUACACGCGCAAGGCGGGACGAGGUCAAAUGUCUGAGAACCGACACCGCCGCUACUUCUGGGUGCACCCGUAUACACGUACUCUGUACUGGAGCGACCGCGAUCCCUCGACGGCGGGCCGUGCCGAUAUGAAGGCCAAGAGUGUCUCCAUCGAAGCCGUCCGAGUUGUGACAGACGACAACCCGAUGCCUCCUGGCCUGCACCGCAAGAGUCUCAUUGUUGUCUCUCCCGGGAGGCAGAUCAAGUUCACCUGUACGACGGGCUCGAGGCACGAGACGUGGUUCAACGCUCUCUCGUACCUCCUUCUGCGUACAAACGAUGAAGGCCAGACGGACGCGGAGGAAAUGGCAGGCCACAUUACGCAGGCAGACGUCGACGAGUUCAACCCCCAAGUUGGUGGCAUGCGACCCACGGCCUCGGCGGCGCCCAGCACCAGGCCGCGUAUGGCCCCGUCGCUGUCUUCUUACAAUUCGCGAACGACGAGGAACCAGUCGCCGGCGAUUGACAUGUCGAUGGAAGUGCCCCGGUUGACGCCAACUCACCAGAAGAAUGCCACGCCGCAGCGGCCGUCGAUUGGAACUCUUGGUCGGCUCAGCGGGUACUGGAAGAACAGCCAGGUCAUUUCGGGCACAUUUUCCAGCCUCCGCAGCCGGACAGCCAGCGGGCAGUACGGCAACAGCAUCUAUGAGGCGAGCGAGGUGCAUGACAGUGCCGAGGAUGUUCGCGAGAUGAUUGAGCGACAAGAUCGCGAAGCAGACAGGCUGGAGAAUGUCCGCGCCUGCUGUGAUGGACGGCACGACGUCGGCACUCUUCACCACCACUCGGCCCUCAAGCGAUCCCGAGGCAGCCAUGCGCACUCGCACACUGGACCAUCGACAACACCGAGCGCCACGCCCAUGAGCACCACCAAAUCCCGCGCUUGA